AUGGGCGCGGUGGCGAGCGCCAGCGUGUGCGCCCUGGUGGCGGGGGUGGUGCUGGCCCAGUACAUAUUCACCUUGAAGAGGAAGACGGGGCGGAAGACCAAGAUCAUCGAGAUGAUGCCAGAAUUCCAGAAGAGUUCGGUUCGCAUCAAGAACCCCACAAGAGUAGAAGAAAUCAUCUGUGGUCUCAUCAAGGGGGGAGCUGUCAAACUUCAGAUAAUAACAGACUUUGAUAUGACGCUGAGUAGGUUUUCCUACAAAGGAAAAAGAUGUCCAACAUGUCAUAAUGUCAUUGACAACUGUAAGCUGGUUUCCGAUGAAUGCCGGAAAAAGUUACUGGAACUAAAGGAAAAAUUUUAUGCUAUUGAAACUGACCCUCUUCUUACGGUAGAAGAGAAGUUCCCUUAUAUGGUAGAAUGGUACACCAAGUCACAUCGCCUGCUUGUUGAACAGGGUAUACCAAGAGCUAAACUUAAAGAAAUUGUGGCAGAAUCGGACGUCAUGCUCAAGGAAGGCUAUGAGAAUUUCUUCGAUAAGCUCCAACAACACAGCAUCCCCGUGUUCAUCUUCUCGGCCGGCAUUGGAGACGUCCUGGAGGAGGUGAUCCGUCAGGCUGGGGUUUACUAUUCCAACGUCACAGUGGUGUCCAACUUCAUGGAUUUUGAUGACAAUGGAGUGCUCAAAGGAUUUAAAGGAGAUCUGAUUCAUGUAUUUAACAAACACGAUGGUGCCUUGAAGAACACAGAGUAUUUCAGUCAACUGAAAGACAACAGCAACAUCAUUCUGCUGGGGGACUCCCAAGGAGACUUAAGAAUGGCAGAUGGCGUAGCUAAUGUGGAAUACAUUCUGAAAAUUGGAUAUCUAAACGAUAAGGUGGAUGAGCUUUUAGACAAGUACAUGGACUCUUAUGAUAUUGUUCUAGUCAAAGAGGAAUCCUUGGAGGUAGCCAACUCGAUCUUACAGAAGAUCCUGUAUAAAUGA